UCCGCCCGCCGCCAUCUUGGCGCCUCCUUUGCGCAGGAGCCGAGCUGGGAGCUCGUUCCGCGGUGGAGCAAACCACCGAGUCCGACGCGCGGGGGUAGGCGGGGCGAAGCCACAUCCUGACAGAGGGGGAAACUAUCCGACGUCUGCUGUGAGAACGAGGCGAGCUUAGAUCCAGUUUGGAAGGCUCAGGGAGGGGGCGACCAUUUGGCAGCUGACAGGGGGGUGGGGCCGGGACCCAACCAUUUGCGAAAGAGGGGAGAUCUUGGUUUUUUUUUAAUCCGGGCUGAACCAUUUUGCCUAGGCUUGGGAGGGGUGUCUACCUUUGGUUGUUACUGUUACAAAUGAUUCAUAUGCAUGUCUAUGAAUGUCCUGAGUGGGUGGUACCACUGCAACUGCUUUCGACGAGGUGUCCCACUGUCUAUUCUUUUCUCAGCGUGGAAAAGAGGGAGGGGCUGGACUGUACCAUUUGGAGAAGUCAAGGAAUAGCACAGAUUUGAUGGGGGCGUCCGUUGUGAAUAGUGAGGGAGGCUCAAUUGGGAGGCUAUACUACGGGUGACACCAUUGGAGGCAGAGAGGGGAGGGCAGGAGGGACCACUUUGGAUUUGGAGGGGUGUGGUAAGCCCCAAGUGACACCCUAAAGUGAAAGAGGUGCCAGGGAAAAGAGUGUCAUUUUGAGCCAUAGCAUUAAUAAGUGGACCAACUUGUGGGUGUUAGAAGUAGAGAGGACAGGCCUCUUUUCUCCCUCCCCAUUGGACCUAUGGAUAUGAGUACUUGGGAGUGAGAGUCUCCCACUUCAGAUGGGCCCAAGCCCUGCCAUGCCAAGGCCGUCCUCUUCUUAGAAGGCAGGGUUUCUCCAAGCAGUCCGUUGGAGGUUCCUCUCGCUGCCAUGGCUUCGAAUUGCACUGGAAACACGGCGGCCGCCAGCGUGGCUGCCUCUCUGGGCAGCGCCCUCAGUGCUUCCAAAACCAAGACCAAGAAGAAGCACUUCGUCUGCCAGAAAGUGAAGCUCUUCCGCGCCUCUGAGCCCCUCCUGAGUGUCCUGAUGUGGGGAGUCAACCACACGAUUAAUGAGUUGAGUAAUGUCCCCGUCCCUGUUAUGUUGAUGCCUGAUGACUUUAAGGCCUACAGCAAGAUUAAGGUGGACAAUCAUCUUUUCAACAAAGAGAAUCUGCCAAGUCGUUUCAAAUUUAAGGAAUACUGUCCACUGGUAUUCCGAAAUCUCCGGGAGAGGUUUGGGAUUGACGACCAAGAUUAUCAGAAUUCUGUGACACGGAGCGCCCCUGUCUACAGCGACAGCCAUGGACGGUGUGGGGUUCGUUUCCUCACCACCUACGACCGGCGGUUUGUCAUCAAGGCGGUGUCGAGCGAAGAUGUUGCAGAGAUGCACAACAUCCUAAAGAAGUAUCAUCAAUUCAUUGUGGAAUGCCAUGGGAACACGCUUCUCCCCCAGUUCCUUGGCAUGUACAGGCUUACUGUGGAUGGUGUGGAAACCUACAUGGUGGUCACCAGGAAUGUGUUUAGUCAUCAAUUGACAGUGCAUCGGAAAUACGAUCUCAAGGGUUCAACAGUAGCAAGGGAAGCCAGCGACAAGGAAAAGGCAAAGGAUCUGCCAACAUUUAAAGACAAUGACUUUCUGAAUGAAGGCCAAAAGCUGCAUGUCGGAGAGGAAUCUAAAAAGAACUUUCUGGAAAAGUUGAAACGAGACGUGGAGUUUCUCGCUCAGUUGAAGAUCAUGGAUUACAGUCUACUGGUAGGGAUCCAUGACGUGGACCGUGCAGAGCAGGAAGAAACAGAAAUUGAGGACCGGGCAGAAGACGAGGAGUGUGAGAACGACGGCAUUGGUGGGAACCCUGUCGGUUCCUAUGGAACCCCACCAGACAGCCCUGGCAACCUUCUCAACUUCCCCCGGUUUUUUGGUCCUGGAGAGUUUGAUCCAUCAGUGGAUGUCUACGCCAUGAAAAGUCAUGAAAGCGCUCCCAAGAAGGAGGUGUAUUUCAUGGCCAUUAUAGAUAUCCUCACACCAUAUGACACAAAGAAGAAAGCAGCACAUGCUGCCAAAACUGUGAAACACGGGGCUGGAGCAGAGAUUUCCACGGUCAAUCCAGAACAGUAUUCAAAACGCUUCAAUGAAUUUAUGUCCAAUAUCCUGACAUAGUUAUCUUCCCGUCGUUGGCAAAAGUGGAGAGAGAAAGAAGUGGGACAGGGGGACUAUAUCCAAAGUAACAAGAAUGUAGUCCCCUCUGUCUGAGUGUCAUCUUCUGUGAGCGUGGUAACAGCAAGACCCAGAAGAAAACUAGCUGUAGACCUCAGAAUCUUCUGCUUGACCUGGUGGAAAAAGUGGGAUUUGGGAAAAAAAUCUCCGUAUCUCUUCUUUUGGUUGCUAAAAUACACAAAACCUGAGGAAUGACACCACUUUAUCUUAGAAGAGUAUCGCAGACUCCAGAUGGUCAGAUGCCAAUGUGAAUUUUUUUUUUUAAAAAACAGACAUUAACUCUACCUGCGGUUGUUCCUUCAACUUGACUGUUUCUUCACCCCUUUGUUGCACCUUUCUCUAAGAACAGGACAGAAUGCGUGCCGCUUGGAGGACAAAAACUGUUACAAUGACGUGGAGAAGCCAUUGAAUUGGAAGCAAAGACUUUUUCCUUACCUUAUUUUGAUAUUACAGGUUUUUCCGCCCCCAAUCCCAAAUGUCCUUUUGAAAGAUAUGGGGAGGGAAGGUGAUAACAAUUUGCUUACUUAGUAUUUCAUGCAAAUCAAGGAAGUAAAGGCAGCUAUAAAAGAAUCACACAGCUGUCACGACACACCGUAGAUCCUUAAUGGAGAUAAUGACUAGAAGAUAUAGCAACAAUUUGAUGAAUUGCAAACUGUCUUGGAACACUUGGACUAAAUUGCCUCUGUAGUGUAACUGAUGUUCUACCAGUGUUACAUUAAUCACGGUUCAGCCUGCUUUUUUUUUUUUUUAACCUUGAUCUGGUUGCAUACCCCAUAAGAUGAUGUUUGCCAUAAAAAAAGGCCACCACUUUUUAAAACAACAUAUUGUGUUGUGAAUCAGUGUGUUUAGAAAUGUUUCCCUGGAGAUUUUUUUUUUUUGGUUUGUUUUUGUGAAUCCGUAUUGAAAGGAUUCUGGCCCCCAGAACUUUGGAAUUGCGUAAUAAAUUGAUGCAAGUGACUGCGCUAUAACCACUAGGACAGACGAUAGGAAUAACCUGUGCUAGAUCAGUUUCCUGGAAGAAUACAAACUCCUUAACCCUGUUUGAAUUGCAGCUCCCUUCCCUCUGUCUGCAGACUGUAACUCUGGAUUUCACAGCCAUGCGCGUUGAAACUGCUGAAGAUUUUGAAUGCUACACAUUUUUUGUCGUGUCAGGAGCGACUUGAGAAACUGCAAGUCGCUUCUGGUGUGAGAGAGUUGGCCGUCUGCAAGGACGUUGCCCAGGGGAUGCCCAGAUGAUUUGAUGUUUUUAUCAUCCUUAUGGGAGGCUUCUCUCAUGUCCCCGCAUGAGGAGCUGGAGCUGAUAGAGGGAGCUCAUCCAUCUCUUCCCAGAUUCGAACCUGCGACCUGUUGGUCUUCAGGGGUUUAGCCCACUGCGCCACCGGGGCCUCCCAUGCUACACAUUGAUUCUAUGUUUUCAAUAUAACCAGGGAAGGGAAGGGGGGAAUUUUUGGGAUUCUUUUGUUUUGUUUUUACGAGAUGGAAUUCCCAAUUUUGAACCAUCACUUUGCAAUCUGCUUACUCUGCCUUGGAACGGUUUCUCACACAUGCCUUUCUUUCCCUGAAUGUGGCUGUUGAGAUGUGUGCGUCUUGUGGCGUAGUACACCUUUUUGCUUUGUGGAGUCCACCUUGUUGAAAGUCUGGUGAAUGUGGGUUCUUUCUCUUCUUCCUCUACCGUGUGGCCCCUUCUCAGGCGGGAUCCCCACCACCCAUGUACCAAAAAUUGGUAUUCCACUAUUUCAGAGACUCGGAACACACUUGAAAAUCACAAUGUAGGAUGUAGAUAAUGUAAGCUUUCUUAAAAAUCCCUGAAUGAAAAGCCGUCCCUUAUGAAUGGGAUACGAGAGUCCCUUUUCUGUCCACUUGUGGUUUCAAAGUUUUUCUAAACGGGCAGAAGCCACUGUCUGCAGUGUUUAGGUGUCCACUGACUAUACCAUAAACUAAAUGUGAAUAUGUGAACAUAUUUAAAAAGUGAGAAUGAGUAUGUUUGACGGGCUGUAAAUGUUUUAAUAGCCAAAGGGCUACCUUUUUCCUCAAAGAGCGUGCACUUGAAGUCUGUUGUGAAAUAGAAGAUAUAACCUGUCUUUGUCCUGGUAAGAAUUUC